AUGCUGACCGGGAAGCCAUUGUUUCUUGGGAAGAAUGUGGUGCACCAAUUGGAUAUUAUGACUGAUUUGCUUGGUACUCCUCCACCCGAAGCUAUUUCAAGGAUUCGUAAUGAAAAGGCAAGGAGAUAUCUCGGAAACAUGAGGAGAAAACCGCAAGUUCCAUUCACUCACAAAUUUCCUCAUGUAGACCCGUUGGCCCUACGCUUCCUGCACCGUCUUCUUGCGUUUGAUCCCAAAGACCGUCCUACAGCUGAAGAGGCACUGGCAGAUCCUUACUUCCAUGGUCUGGCAAACGUGGAUCGAGAACCAUCUACUCAACCGAUUCCAAAACUCGAGUUUGAGUUUGAAAGAAGGAAAAUAACAAAGGAAAACAUGAGAGAAUUGAUAUACAGAGAGGAGCUACAACACGAGCUAGGUCUAAAGAGUUGGCUCGUAUCAGAAACAUUGCAGAUAUUGGAGUAUCAUCCUCAGAUGCUGGAUGAAUAUCUUCGAGGUGGAGAACAGACUAGCUUCAUGUACCCAAGUGGUGUUGAUCAGUUUAAGAGACAAUUUGCUCAUCUUGAAGAACAUUACGGUAAGGGUGAGAGAAGCUCUCCUCUUCAACGCCAACACGCCUCCUUGCCUAGAGAGAGAGUCCCUGCUCCUAAGGAAGAGAAUGGAUAA